GUUUUAAUCAAAAUAGGUGAACAGUUGUCAAAGUAAUUUUAACCUCUAAUAUAUGUUUACAAUGGAGAAGAUUUUACGAGCUCUGAAUUUGAGCGAAGAAAUCGAUAUACAAUUAGAAACCAACGAUGAGAUUGAUAGAAAAGUACAGGAAAAUUUGGCGCAGUGGCAGGCAGUGGAAAGUCCGUUGGCUCCACUAUCAAAUGAAGAGUUGGAACUCAUUUACAAAAUGCGAGAGACCUUGCAAAAGGAAUACUUCACACCCACAGAUAACGAGGAGACUGAAGAUUUAAAAUUGAACCGAGUUGAUAAUUUUAAUGAUUAUAUACAAAGGAUGGUAGCUAUGGAAAAAGAGAUUGAAGAUGAAAAUUUAUAUGAGUACAUUAAUCAGAGGGACUAUUUGCAUGUGCAAGCAAAAGAAUGUGAAGUUUUGCGCAAUGAGACUGAGAACUUAGUUUUGGGAUUGGAGAAUCUCCAAGAAACUUAUAGGCAGGUUUCCUUGAAAACAGACUCACUUCACAAUAUGAGUGAACAAUUAAUGAAGCAUCAAACUGAGUUGAAAGAAAAAAAGAGGGAGAUCCAUGACAAAUUGAAGCAUUUCACUUAUUACCAUUCCAUCAGUGAAUAUAUUUCCUUACAUAGUUACAAUAUCAACAGCAAGGAAUUUAUUAGUCAAUUAGAACAAAUGAAUGAAUCAAUGGAAUAUUUAUCAAAAAAUGCGCAAUUUCGCGAAUCUAACAAUUACAAGUUUCGCUACGAAAAUCUCCUGGCCACUUGUCUGCAAAACGUCUUAAAAAACGUGAACACCAUCAUCACAGAUGCCACAAAUCAGGUUAUAAAUCUCGAUCUAAAGAGCAACAUAAUGGUAGUAGAGAAAGCAGGCAAGGAACCAAUGGUUGAAACUGCGUUCUCUUAUUAUUAUGGGAAAUUCCAGAACGCAGCCACAAAAAUCAGUCGCGUAAUCAAUUACAUCGAAGAUAAUGUCGAAGAUCACGACAUGUAUUUGCGGACUCUCAAUGAUAUACAAAAGUCUUACUUCUCUCAGAGAGCCCCUGUAAUGCAAUCUGCUGUUUCAAAAGCUUUAUUGGAUUUAAGAGAUAAGUACAAAAGCGAUCACAGCAUUUUAUUUAGAUCUGCCGGGCUAUUCCUAGUUAAGGUUUGUCAGGACGAGGCAGGAUGCUACAAUUACUUCUUUAACAACAGAUCACAACAAUUGAGUGAUUAUUUAUCCACUCUAUGCCAGAAUUUGUACGACGUUUUAAGACCGUGUUUGAUUGGGAUUAAUCACAUUGAAGUGUUGACUGAAUUGUGUACGAUUCUUAAAGAGAUGCUAAAUGACCAGACUCAAAAUAAUCCUGCGCUUGAUCAGUUCGUGGAAAUUAUAAAUCAAUUGUUGCAAGAUGUUGAAGAAAGAUUGGUGUUUAGAACGAAUAUAUUCUUUCAGUAUGAUCUUAAUGCAUACGAACCGUCGCCAGGCGAUCUGGCAUAUCCCGAAAAGUUGGAACAGAUGGAAAAUAUUGCUGAAGAAUUGAUCGAGCGAAGAGCAGAUUCGAGGUCGUCCUCUAUUUCAUUAGAAUCACAAGAGGUAGCUAACAUAAACGCGGGUGCAGUUGGACAUUUCCGGUCCUUCACUGGAAAUUCUCCUGCUGAUUUGCAUGGCAUGUGGUAUCCGACUGUUAAAAGAACUUUAGUUUGUCUAUCGCGACUCUACAUUUGUUUGGAUCGCGAAAUAUUUCAGGGCGUAGCACAGGAAGCAUUGCUCAUAUGUGUUAAGACCAUAGAAAAGGCAGCCGAUAAAAUAUCUGCUAGAAAGAGUGCGAUGGAUGCUAAGCUAUUCCAAAUAAAACAUCUGCUGAUCAUUCGGGAACAAAUAGCUCCAUUUCAAGUAGAUUUCACCGUGAAAGAGAUGAGUCUCGAUUUUAGUCAUCUGAGGGGCGCCGCAAUGGAUUUGAUGCAUAACCGUAGUAAAAUUUUCUCGCUCAACAACAACGCGAUCCUUGAAUUUUUAUUGGAGGGAACGCCACGUGUUAAAGAGUAUCUCGUGGAUUCGCGCAAAGAAAUUGACAAACAUUUGAAAGGAUCUUGCGAGGUCUUCAUUAGUAAUACUACUAAUACCUUGAUUGGGAAUCUGCUACAAUGGCUGCAGAAAGCGGAACACGCUUUAAAGAUGUCUAAGACAUAUAAGCAAAACGUGAUACCUCUCAGGGAGCAGGAGUUUACCAAACCACAGGUAUUGGCUGGUAUAAUAAGUAGCACACAGAGAAACAUAAAAACGAAGAUUCCCGAGAUCCAGCGAUCUAUGCGCCUCUAUUUGGCCAAUCGAGAAACGGAAUUUAUUUUGUUCAGACCAAUUAAAAACAACAUCGUCAAUGCCUUUAUUGAACUAGAUCAGUUGCUCGUUGCGGCUAAAUAUACCGCAGAUGACGAGCUUCUGAUUGCUUGCCCGACGCCGGAACAAUUGAACAUUCUCAUCUGCUCCGUUUCCCUUACAGCUGAUCAAGAUCAGCAUGCAAAAAUGCAAGAAAAAUUGAAAGAGUAA